AUGGCACGCGACAAGUUUGCUCGUCAGAGCCUCGGCGGCGCUCUGCACCAGCGCAUACGAGAGGCGCGUGUGCUGAUGGUUGGAGCUGGCGGCAUUGGCUGCGAGCUGCUCAAGAACCUGGUUCUUACCGGCUUCGGCGAGAUCCACAUUGUAGAUCUCGACACAAUCGACCUCAGCAACCUCAAUCGGCAGUUUCUGUUCCGCAACGAGCACAUCAAGAAGUCCAAGGCGUUGGUUGCGAAAGAGUCGGCCGGCAAAUUCAACCCCAACGUCAAGAUCGAGGCGUACCACGACAACAUCAAGGAUGCGCAAUUCAACGUCGCGUGGUUCAAGACGUUCGAAAUCGUCUUCAACGCGCUGGACAACUUGGAUGCGCGACGACAUGUGAACAAAAUGUGUCUGGCGGCCAACGUCCCUCUGAUCGAGAGCGGUACCACAGGCUUCAACGGGCAGGUCCAGGUCAUCAAGAAAGGCGAAACCGAGUGCUACGACUGCACUCCGAAAGACCCGCCCAAAUCGUUCCCCGUCUGCACCAUUCGAAGCACGCCCUCGCAGCCCAUCCACUGCAUAGUCUGGGGCAAGUCGUAUCUCUUCGCUGAGAUAUUCGGCGCGUCGGAGGAUGAAGCAGCAGAGAUGGACCACCGCGAGGACGCAGAAAAUGCAAAGGAGGUGGCAAAUCUUCAGAAGGAAGCACAAGCGUUGAAGCGCAUACGCGAGUCCAUGGCAACGGUCGAGUUCCCGCGGCUGGUCUUCGACAAGGUGUUCAAGGAGGACAUUGAGCGAUUGCUCAGCAUGGAGGAUAUGUGGAAGACCAAGAAGCCGCCGAAAGCGCUGGACUACGACGCGCUUUCGCAGGAGGCGCUUGGUGUGGGAGGUGCUGUCGCGCAGCGGGAUCAGAAGGUCUGGUCGCUCGCAGAGAACUUCGCUGUCUUUGUGGACAGUCUGCGACGGUUGAGCACCCGCAUUGAGGAGGCGCGCGCAAAUUCCAACGCGGGAAGUGCUGCGCCAAUCCUCACCUUCGACAAGGACGAUGUGGAUACACUGGACUUUGUUGCUGCGAGUGCAAACUUGCGGUCACAUAUAUUUGGCAUCGAGACGCGGUCCAAGUUCGACAUCAAGCAAAUGGCUGGCAACAUCAUCCCUGCUAUCGCGACUACCAACGCCAUGACCGCUAGUCUUUGCGUCCUCCAAGCCUUCAAGGUAAUGCGUCACCCUGACCCCAAAGAACUCAUGCAGAAAGCCAAAAUGGUCUUCCUCACCCGAUCCACCGAGCGCGUCCUCUCUAGCGACUCUCUACGGAAACCAAAUCCCCAUUGUGCGACCUGUGGCAUCGCGUACGCCACUCUUGUCGUCGAUCCCUCGCGCGCGAAACUCAGUGACUUGGUCGAAGGCGUGCUGAAGGGGCAACUGGGUUAUGGUGAAGAGUUCGCCAUCAAUAGGGGGCAGGACCUUCUCUACGAUCAGGACGAGGACUUCCACCUAGAGAAGACGUUUGCGGAGCUCAAUCUGAAAGCGGACAGUUUCAUCACGGUAUACGACGGCGCGGAUGAGGGUGCAAAGGUCGACGUAGUAUUUUCGGUCAUCGAGCAGGAAGUCUCUGGCGAUGCUAAGCCUAUCCACAUGCCUGAAGAGUUGCACAUCGCAGAGAAGCCUGCAGUCGCUGCUCCUGAAACCAAUGGCCACGCGCUUUCGGAUCGAACGGCCAACAACACGGUGAACGGACACUUGAACGGCGCCGCCAAGAGGAAGGCCUCCGAAGCUGGCCUUGAAGACGAACUCAGCAGGAAGAAGGGGAAGGUUGCGGAGGUACCGAGCAAGGUGACGAACGAUGAAGUCAUUGAAAUUGAAGACGAUGGGGCCAUUGUUAUUGAUGACUAG